CGGGAGGCGGCGAUACUUGGAUCCCGACGCCUUCGCCCGUCUCCUUAUGGCGGACCAUGACAAGAGCCCGCGUGAGCCGCCGGCGGUCCACCGCCAUGGCAACCCAAUCAGACGCCGCGAUGUGGAGCAGCAGCAGCAGGAUGGCGCGGCGGAGGACCUCCUCACUUCCCUCCACGACAACCUCCUCUCCUCCGUCCUCUCCUUCCUCUCCAUCAAGCAGUGCGUCGCCCUCUCCGCCCUCUGCUCCGACUUCCGCAUACGCAUCCCCUCCCUCAUCCCCCGCGUCGACGCCUUCCGCUGCUACGUAGGGAUUCUCUCCUUCGACGAUGCCCUACCCCUAAACCGCAUCUUCCCCAUCGCCCUACUCCGCCAAUGCCGCAUCGUCUUCCACUACGUCGCCGAUUCACCCAAACGCCUCCGACAUAUGCUCGUCGACGGCCUCGCCGAGACGGGAGUCCAAGAUCUCAUCGUCGAAUCCUCCCACUGCGGAUGGCUCAACCUCGGCGGCAGGGACUCCGGCUUCUUGAGCAUCAGGUCCCUGCGGAGUCUCUGCUUGCGCAGGAUCCGGCUAUGGAGACGCCCCUCCUCCUCCUUCUCCUGCCCCCUCCUCACCUCCCUCCGAAUCGAAAACUGCCUCCUUCGCGAUUCUUUCCUGCGCCUCCUCCUCGCCUCCUACCCCUUCCUCGAGACCCUGCAACUCAUAUUUUGCUACGGUAUCAAUCGCAGCAUAGACAAACUAAGCAUCCACUCCGCCUCCCUCAAGCAUCUAGUCCUGAUCUACAUGAUCCCCAGCGUCCGCGCCAUCGACGUCCGCGGCCCAAAGCUCGAGUCCCUCCUAGUCGACGUCGUCAAUGAGCUGCGCAUCGAAGCGCCAAAGGCCCAGACCGCGUCGUUCCAUCUCGCCUUCCUGCCGCCGAAAGAUCCUUCGGUUGCACUGAUGAAUCUUUUCAGAACUCCUUUCCCAAGGGGACUCGCUUGCCUCGUGCUGAAUUCUAGCAGAGCCCCAAACGGAUUAGCAGGAAUCAAUGAAUUUAUUUCUCCGGAAUACAAAGAGGAGGGCAUGAUCUUCAACCUCGACUUCAAUCUGAAAGAUGAGUCGUCGACCACGAUAUUGAAUGACUUGCUCAAGAAGUGCAAUGACUACAAUACCAAGAUUGACAUACGAGCAGAUUCUACAGGCACAGAGAGCAGCACUGAAACAGCAAGGGAAGACCAACACUUGCUCCAUGAUUCGACAGGAUUGGAGCUGAUUAACUUACAAAUGAUGAUGCCGGAGAGUAGAUUUGAAAGGUUUCUCUCAAAUCGGAAGAAGAUGAAGAAAUUUAAGCAUACGGGAUUGGAAAUACUGAGAAGGCGCACCAGCAGGGAGCAGUUCAUGGAUACGUUAGCAUCCGAGGAGUUUCUGUUCCAAGUAUCUUCUACUAUUGCUAAUUGUAUUGAAAUGAAAUUUUAGUGUUUACUAGACUUGCGAUUGACAUGAAUGUUUGCGCCGUUUGUUAAAUAA